AUGUCUGGAAGCGAGCGCAGGGUCUUCGAAACCCUUUUGUAUGCCUUUCCUUUCCUUCUCGCUCAGAAUUUGGUCCCUGCCAUCGUGGUCCUGACCACCAAGAAAAACUCAUUUCUCAGGUACUUGUGGAUUUUUUGGUCAGUCUUUAUUUUCUCUCGAUGGCUUCACAUCCCGAUAUCGCAUGAUGAGAGUGCCACAUACACCACCAAGGUGGGAGUCCAGCUUUUUAUGGUGAUCAUCCAGGGCUUCAACCUCGUCCUGAUCAACGCACUGGACAAGAACGAGCUGCUUCAUACAAAGGUUAUUGAACCAAGAGAUCAUUUCCUGUUCAAUACCUUCAAAGUUGCCCGUCUAUUUAUGCAUUUGCGGGGCGUGCGUACACCAUGGCAGGCGAAAAAGAUUCCAUCGCACCCAGCAUACCUCGCGCGACAACCGAAAGCGUCAGUCUCUCGCAGUGCAUUCUUGACGAGACAGGCUGCUAUCAUAGCCUGGCUGUACUUAUUCCUAAAUUGCACAAGCUAUCUAGCUGCUGGAGACUCAUCACGACUCUCAAAGCCUGUUUAUGACCUAGGCUACCUCCAUGUUUCCAAGGAGGAAUGGUGGACGCGAAUCAUGACCUCACUAAUGUUCUGGUUUACCUUUUUGCGGGCAGCGGUGGAUAUUGACUAUCGUACCGCGUCUCUUUUGUGUGUUGGCAUAGGACUGGACUCUCCGGAGGACUGGCCACCACUGUUUGGUCGCGCAAAAGAGGCAUACACUAUCCGCAAUUUCUGGGGUACAUAUUGGCACCAGAUGUUCCGAUGGCCGCUCACCGCGACAAGCAACUACUUGGCACGGGAUCUUCUUGCUCUCCCUCGGCCGUCGUUGCUCGAACGAUAUACUAACAUCUUCUUUGUGUUUCUCCUUUCAGGCGUGAUGCAUGUCAUGUCUGACCUGUUCAUGGGCAUCCCCUUGAGCCAGUCGACUUCCCUUUUCUUUUUCUGCUCCAUGCCAUUAGGUAUUAUGAUUGAAGAUGCGGUUCAGGCGGCUUGGUCUCGACUCACUGACAGUCGUCCUCCUGGGAGGGUUUCCUCCGUCGCCAUUGAUGGACGUUCUGUGCCGUGCUGGCAUAAGCUUGUGGGGUUCAUCUGGGUGUGCAGCUGGCUUAGUCUCACGACUCCAGUCUGGUUGUAUCCUAUGGAGGCGUCAAGAGGAAAGAGCUUGUUCCUCCUCAAUAUUCCAGAGCUUGUUGGUACACCGACAGCCAUUGCGAUGACUGUUGGCGGAAGCCUUGUAGUAAAAUAUGUGUUUGGCGGAGAGCUUUAG